AUGCAGUCUGGUUCACCAGAGCCUCCAAUAUCUGUCUCUUACCUACCUGUCCAACCUCCGGAUGCGCCGCUCGUGAGCUCACGAUCUGAUCACUCUCUUCCUACGGAUGUACCACUCACGGGUUCACAAUCUGACCACUCUCUUCCUCCGGAUGCACCACUGGUGCGUUCACGAUCUGAUCACUCUCUUCCUCAAACUGGAGACCUUCCAAAAGCAGAGCCAAUACCUCCUCCUCUAGGCUCAGGACUUUCUCGAUCCUCAUCUGCUCCACCUGAAGCAUUGGUGUCCAACAUGAUUUCCUCCGUGGAAUCCGAAACUUCUGGCAUACUCUCAUUCAAAAACGACAAAUAUGAUCUGUGGAAGGAGGCGUUCAGUGCGUACAGCAAGGAACACAAAGAUUGGAAUGCAGUCUUUGAAGUUCUUUCCCCAGAACCAAAGCAGAAUGGAAUCAGAGUGGCCGUCAAGAAAUUCGAAAAGUAUCGGAACCGUCAUGAAAAAUUCUACAAAGCCAUGGAUAUGGCCAUGAAGUUCGGAGAGACGACGAUUAAUGUCUUUGGUGAUGCUGUCAAGGGGGCAUUUCCACCAGCCAGUAUACUCUUUGGGAUUUCAACCGUCUUUUUCAGUGCCUGUAAGGGCGUAUCAGAAGCUCAUGAUGCUAUCGAAAAGAUGCUCGAACACCUCGACUUCUUCAUGAUGCGAUUGACAAUUCACCAAGAAACGAUGACCGAUCCCCUGCGAGACACACUGGCGAAGUCGCUGAAAAUCAUGCUGGAAGUCCUUGGAUUCAUCACCUCAGCAGCGAGCGGCAAGCAAUGGACAAGAGUCAAGCUUUUCCUCGGAGGUGAUGAAUGGAAGGUCAAACAAGCUGACCUUGACCGGUAUGCAAGAUUCGAAGGGCAUAUAGUCAUGGCCGAAACCCGGAACUGGGUCAUGCAAAAAGACUCUAAAAAUGACAUCUCGCCAAAAGAUACCGAAAUACAGGAAAAGCGGAAAAAGGCCCUGAGCCCUAGAGCCGAGUGUAGCAUACAGUUCUUCCACGGUAUCAAAGGAUCCAUCGUUGGCAAUACCGGCAACUGGAUCGAAGCCACUACUGAGUACAAAGACUGGCAGAAAGGAAGGACACCAGUUCUCUUGGUGAGCGGUCCUACUGGCUUCGGUAAAACGUACUUGUGCGCAAACAUCAUCAGUCGCAUUUUAUCCAAGGGCGAUGAAGAUGAGCAGAACAUUCUUCUUCCUUUCUUUGGGCGACAAGGAUUGGAGCUUCCUGAUGUGCUUCGCACCUGGGCAUUUGAUCUUUCGCUCAAAGAUCGAGCCUACCAAAAGCACGUUGACGGAGUCAUAAAGGAAUCAGACAACAUGAGAAAGUUGAGGAGCACCACAGUUCUAUGGAAGAGACUCUUCCUAGACUUUCAAGCGCAAAAUUCCUCCGACUUGAAGGAAGAUCCAAAGCGGAUUUAUCUCGUAUUGGACGGUUUGGACACAACUAAUACGGAUCACAAGCAUAUCGAUGCCUUCCUGAAACUGAUGAGAGACUAUCAGGAUUCAGGCCGGAGCCCCCAAGCGGAACUCAAAACCACGCAGGGCCCUAUUUUCCGAAUUUUGAUCAUGUCUCGUCUUGACCAAGUCGAUUUCAAGGCACAUGAAGGGCUCAAUCAUCAUGAGAUCACCAAAAAAGAGUUGGAAAACGACAUCCGUCAAUACAUCCACUUCCAUUUGGUCAACCUUGAAGACAAGGAAGAACACACAAAAAGACUGAGUCGAAGACUGAGUCGUCUGGCGGAGAGUUUUGCUUGGGCCUCCAUCAUCAUCGGCUCGAUCCAAAGAGAUCCUUCACCCAGGAAUAUUCAACAAAUAAUCCGGGAACCGCCGAAGACCGAUUCUGGACUGAUCGAAUCCAUCGUCAAUCGCAUUGAACGGGCAUCCAGUGACAACGUCUGCAAAGUUUUGAAUACUCUGUUGAUGUGGCUCAUAUAUUCGAGGAAGAGCAUUACCUUGGAAGACCUGGAUUGUAUCUUCAAGAUCAAAGACCGUUAUCGACAAGGAGUUUCUGAUCUCGAAGGCACACUCAAGACAUAUCCAUCGCUCUUUCGUCUGACGGCGGUGGACGGACCGGCGUCGGAUGAACCAGCCACGGAAAUCGAUCAGGCCAAGUCAGCUAUGCUCCCUCUCAGUCGGGAGGAGAUCCUCUCGACAAAGUUGAAAAGGGAUAGAAGACAGACAGCACACUUCAGAAAUGUCACUGUUGAAUUCAGUCAGCAGUCGAUCGAAGACUAUUUCCGAAACUAUAGCAGAUCGGGUCACAGUAUCUAUAAGGACUAUCCCUUACCCACUGCACCAUGCGUAUGCAGGCCCUCCGGGAGCUAA